CCAGUAUCCAGUCAUUUUCUGAUCUAACUUGAAACUUUUUUGUUGUUGUUUUUAUGGUGAAUUUUGUUGAAAAUUUUCUCAACAAACAAAUGUUAAAUAUUCAACGGAAUUCUGCAUAAAUAUAAUCAAAGGACAAUAUUAUUAUUAUUAACAUAAUCAUGAUGGAUUCAACAAAAUCAACAACAACUACUGAACAAGACCAUCAUCAUCCUUAUCUUGAACAUGAUAAUAAUGAGGAUCAACAUCAGAAACCACCACCACCAUAUGAAGAAAUUCAACGAGAAUCAUCCAAUACAUUAACAUUGUCGCCAAUCGAAACAUCAAAUCAAACAACAAAAAUGGCUUCUGAAUCAUCAUUCAAACAGCAACAACAGCAAUUAAGACAUUCACUUUCGAUUGAAAAUCCAAUGGCCGAAGUAUUUUCAAAUCCAGAAUUUGAUCAUGUUGAAUUAAAAAUUCAAGGUCACAUCAAUCCUGUCACAUUGAAUGUUCAUAAACAAGUUGAUGAUGAUGAUCAAAUGAUGGAUACCAAACGAAAUAAAUUUUUCUUUUCGAUUAGGAAUGGUGUUGAACAAAAAUUUCGUCAAGUUUUUUGUCAAUGGAAACAAUGGCAACGACCCGAAGUUAUUGCCAUUCGUUUGUUCAUUGUUUUGAUUGCAUUGUUAUUGAUGGUUCAGUUGAUUCGUGUGGUUAUGCCAAAUCGUUAUAUCGAUGAUAAAACAAUGAAUGAUUCGAAUAAAGUUACGCCAUUGAAAAUGUAUUCGGGACGAACUGGAAAAGCAUUGGCAAUUCUAUCGAAUCCAUCACCCGAUUCGUCAUUAUCAUCAACCGGUGAUGUACAUCAACAGGACAUCAAUGUAAUGGAAACAAAAUUAUUACAACCGGAUCAGGAUUUGAUCGAUUCGUUACCACCAAAAAGCCAUAAUGAAAAAAAUGAUAUUAAUGAAUUUGAAAAGACGAAAUUGAAUUCGAAUCACCUAGAAUCAAUUUCACAAGAAAAUGAACCAGAUUUUUCAAGUCAAAAUAUUGAUCAUGAUGACAGCAGAAUGGAUGAACACCCGACCGAAUUUAUAGCAGAUAAUGAAAAAAAUCCCGAUACAUCAUUGAUUCAUUCAUCGUCAUCGACGACAUUGACUCAAGGAACAUCAACAUGGACAACGAUACCACCAUCAUUUUCAUCAUCGCCAUCAAGCACAACAAAAUUAUUGCCAAAAAUUAUGAACAAUAGUGGUCCAACAAAUUCAAAUCGUAUACAAUUCCAAACAUCAACAACAUCGACAACAAUAACACCAGCAAUGACAUUAUCAAAUAAUAAUUUGUAUAACAUAUCAAUUAUUAUACAUUCGGCAAACGUACCCGAUAUGGAUUCAGGAUAUUUUAUGGGUCGUGCAUCCGACACUUAUUGUAAUGUUUUUAUCGAUAAUGAACUUGUUGGUAAAACGCCCAUUAUUGAUAAUUCAAAUAAUCCUAGCUGGCAUUAUUUAUUACCAAGACAAUUUACGGUCAAACGUGAAACAUGGAUACGUAUCGAAUUGAUGGAUAGAGAUCAUGUUCGUAAUGAUCAUAUUGGUGGUAUUUUAUUGAAUUUCGGUGAUUUAAUAAAAAACGGUAGUAUAAAUAAACCGAUUAAUAUGUUUCAUGGUCGUGGAUAUAUUUGGGUGACAAUUUCUAGCGUUCCUGUCUCAUCUUCAUCAUAAAAGUCUUUUUUUCUGUUUGUUAUAAUCAAGAAUCAAUAAAGACACGAACGGAUUCGAACAAAUAAUAAAAUCUCAUGAAUCAUCAAAUUUGAAGCACACAAACAUACAUACGCCAUUUCGAAUUG